UGUUCAGUGUUCACCAAAUGCUCACUUUCUUCAUUCGCAUGUCGUGGACAAGAGUUUCUCCAUUACUGGAGUGCAUUGACCGAGUCACACACUACGAAGUCCCGUGUAGUUUUACACGGGAGUCCAGUCUAUUUUUGUAAGAGCAGUGUUAUACUAUUUUACUACUACUUUAAUACUAUUCGCCUAUAAAAGAAAUAUUAGGCCGACUAAAAAAAUCCAAUGACAUGUGACGUAUGAUAUGAUCUGAAAGUGAAAGUCUGUAGUUAUAACCUUGUGGAUUAUCUCUGGAGAGUCAAUCUGGAAUGAACUCAGGACUGUAAAGACGCAGAGACUGUAGAAUCAAAACCAUGAAUGCUGUAAAUGCAGUGCAACUGUUCCUACUGGUUUGGAGCUUUUCUACUGUGUGCCAUGGAGAUACGGGUGUCUGCAGUGUGAGCUGUGAUGAUGUGACUGGAACUGUGGGAAAUGAAGUGACUCUCACCUGCAGAGUCUCUGAAAAGUGCAAAGAAGACUGCAUUAAAAUGUUUAAGUUUCUGUAUCCUGAGAACUAUAAAAACUCAGAAAUCUGUAGACAAAAGUCUCCUGGCGGAUCCUGUGAAAAGGAGAACAUCUUCACAUGCAGAUACACUCCAGAUGCAGCAAUAAAUGAAACAAUCCGAUUCUUUAUGCAAACCAGGUCUUCACCAGUAAAAGGGAAAUUCACAGUGGAGAUAUCAGGUACUGCAUGUCUUAUGAAAUCAACAGCUGAUACUGAAGCUCUCAUCAAUGAAGAAGCGCACAAAUACAUGGGCACAUCAGAAACCCGUAAAGAAGAAAAACAAGAUCGUGGAUUUCAGCUUGCUGUUAUUCUCGCGGUGGUGAGCUGCUUCAUCAUCAUCAUCAUCGUUGUUAUUUUCAAAGUGAAGAAAAGUGAAAGCACACGUCCAAGACUCGGACAAAAGGAAAACAGCGACACACUUCUACACAAUGUUUAACAGCUCUGAGUUUUGUUUGGCAUUUGACAUGUUUUACUUACUGUGACCUUUAGCUGCUGAAUUAUAUAAUCAUAGCUUCUCACUUUAUAUGGAUUUCUGUGAAAUGUAAAUGAUUGACCUGCUUGGUUAGUGUGUGUAUAUACUGUAUAUGUGUGAAUCCAUUUUCUUUUUAUUAAAGAGACUGUAGUUUUAAUAAACAUAUUCACAAUUUAAUCCCAACUCAGGUGGAUCCAAAGCCAACAUUCCUUUCUCUGUUAAACAAGAAAGAAUAAGAUAAGAAAAAAAUACUAUGGAAACCAAAAGCUAAAUCUUGCCAACAUUCUUCAGAAUAUCUUCUUUCAUGUUUAAUUGAAGACUCAAUAAAGGUUUGGAUCCACUUUUUUUAAAGGCCUGUAAAAUGUGACCUCUCCUUUAUUCUGACUUGUAGAUGCAGUUAAACCCAUAAGUUUACAUACACUUUAAAAAACGUAACAUAACCAUUUAAAAAAAAAUGUCUGAUGGUAAAUUAUACUAAACGUUUACUAUUUUAGGUCUGUUA